AAGCUCCUACUCCUGGAGGCAAUUGAUUCCGCAUCCAGUGUUGUCGGACCAUCUGCAAAACGAUGAAUUCUGGAUCCUCUGGAAUGGUAAAAUUAUGCUAAAAAUAAGGAUAUGUUCAAAAGUGUGUGGGUGCAAACACUUUGGAGAAGGAAUGGGAAACAAUUGUUGUCAAUGGUAUUCCGCAAUAGGACUCUAGGUAUGGCAAUUGUGGAGUGAUGGUGCUAGCAUUUCUAGAGUCUUUGUUGUCAAGGGUGACAUUUGCUCGCCUAUGAUGGCUCGGAUUAAGAAGAUUAUGCAAGCGGAUGAAGAUGUGGGAAAGAUUGCUAAUGCUGUACCCCUCUUAAUGUCAAAGGCUUUGGAGCUCUUUCUGCAAGAUCUGUGUGAUCGGACAUAUGCUAUUACGCUUAAGAGGGGAGCAAAAACUUUGAAUUCAUUACAUUUGAAACAAUGUGUACAAACUUUUAAUGUGUUUGAUUUCCUGAAGGAUAUAGUCAGCAGGGUUCCUGAUUUAGGUGGUUCUGAUACUGCAGUUUAUGAUAGAUCUACCAGUAAAAGGAAGAUUGCUGAAUCUGGGGAUCAUGACAAUGAAUCACUCAAGAACCGGGAAAGGCCGGACCCGGGUUCGGAACCCGCGGAUCCAAACUCCGAACCCGUUGGCCCGCACAUAGAACCGACCGUGAGAAAUUUUGAUCUUAAUGUGGGUCCAAAUGAGACGGACGAUUCUUCAGGAGUGCCCGUUAAGCAGCGGGAGGAUUACCCCGGAUGGUCGAACGUGGAAGAUGUCAUCUGCCCUGUUUGGAUGAGUUGCUCUAUGGAAUUCAAUCAAGGAUGGCAACAAUUAAAGGUUAGUUCAGAUCUGUAUUUAUCAGCACACUAGUGAAAUCUUCAAAUAAAUAAUCCCAUUCAAUGUUAGUUGUUAACUUAUUAUAAUCUUCAUCUUCAUCAUUGUCUAUGAUCCCAUUUGACAUUAGUUUUAGAAUUUUGAAAAUGAUAUCCAACGGUAACUUUUAGUGUCAGUGUUUUAAAGACUAAUCUGUGUCAUUAAAAAAACUAUCCAAAAUGCCAACUCUAAUCACAAGCGGUGUUAGAUUCAUCCAUUUUUAUGAAAUAAUUAAUUAUGCACCUACUUCUCUGAAUGAAUUUUAUUAAUUUUA